AUGCGGCUCGGAGGACCCCCCCGCAGUCCCCGCUCGGGGCCGAGCCCUGAGGGGCCCCGGAGCAGUCCUGGCCACGUGCACUUUGGCAAGAGCCCCCAGGGCCAGCCCAGGCGCGCCAGGGACCCCUCUCCAAGGCCCGCCGCGCCCCCGGGGCUUCGGGGCUCCGCUCGGCCGAGGCGCCGCGACUCUCCGAGGCGCGCCUGGCCCACAGCCCUGCCCCUCGGCGGGGGCCGCCUCUGCCCCGCCCCGCGCCGGCCGGCCGCGGCCCCAGCCCAGAAAAGCCGCGCCUCCCCCGGGGCCUCCCCAGGCCCCCAGCCCGGAGCCGCCGGAGGGGCGGCGGGGGGCGGGCCGGCGCAGGGGAGGGCAGACGCGCACGGGGAGGUGCUUCCGGGACAGAGGGCGGGCAAGAUGGCGGCGCCCAUGGAGCUGUUCUGCUGGUCAGGGGGCUGGGGGCUGCCGUCCGUGGACCUGGACAGCCUGGCCGUACUGACCUAUGCCAGAUUUACUGGUGCUCCACUCAAGGUACACAAGAUCACCAACCCCUGGCGGAGCCCUUCAGGAACCCUGCCUGCCCUUCGAACCAGUCAUGGAGAGGUCAUUUCCGUAUCACAUAAGAUCAUCACCCACCUUCGAAAAGAGAAGUACAAUGCCGAUUAUGAUCUGUCAGCCCGACAGGGGGCAGACACCUUGGCCUUCAUGUCUCUGCUGGAGGAGAAGCUGCUACCAGUGCUGAUACAUACUUUUUGGAUAGACGCCAAGAACUAUGUGGAAGUGACACGGAAGUGGUAUGCGGAGGCUAUGCCCUUCCCCCUCAACUUCUUCCUGCCCGGCCGCAUGCAGCGGCAGUACAUGGAGCGGCUGCAGCUGCUGUGCGGGGGGCACAGGCCUGAGAAUGAGGAAGAGCUGGAGAAGGAGCUGUACCAGGAGGCUCGUGAGUGCCUGACCCUCCUCUCUCAGCGCCUGGGCUCCCAGAAGUUCUUCUUUGGAGAUGCCCCUGCUUCCCUGGACGCCUUUGUCUUCAGCCACGUGGCCCUGCUACUGCAGGCAAAGCUGCCCAGUGGGAAACUGCAGGCCCACCUGCGGGGCCUCCACAACCUCUGUGCCUACUGCACCCACAUCCUCAGCCUCUACUUCCCCUGGGAUGGAGCUGAGGCGCCACCACCACGCCAGACACCAGCAGGCCCAGAGACUGAGGAAGAGCCAUACGGGCGUCGAAACCAGAUCCUGUCUGUGCUGGCGGGGCUGGUGGCCAUGGUGGGCUACGCCCUGCUCAGCGGCAUCGUCUCCAUCCAGCGGGCAACACCUGCCCGCGCCCCAGGCACCCGGGCCCUGGGCCUGGCCGAGGAGGAUGAAGAGGAGUGACUUCCCCGCGUGCUGCCAGGACUGAUUUUUCUACUGUCAUGCAUUCCAGAGGCCCCGUGCCUCCCCAUUGUUGGUGCAGCCAGACACGGGUGCUGCCCCCAAAAUAAAGCUGCUCACACCGA